AUGAAGAAAUUAGGCCUUCGUUUCUGGAAAGUAAAGAUGAACAAAUUGUCAAGGCAUAAAAUCCCUGGAAUUACACCAGAAGAACAGUUACUGACAAGGUACAUCUUUCUUACGGGUUUAAUGAUUUUCAUAACAAUGAUUAUUACAAUCUGUAUAGCGACCAUAACAACUAUUCGACGUAAAUACGCAGAUAAUUACAUACCAGUUAUGUACUUUUUUAUUGGUAUAAUUCCAAUAUUAGUGUUGAUUCUUGUCAAGAAACUUCAAUAUCUAAUUAAUGGCUAUGGAGCGGCUGGAUGCAUAUUUUGUGCUGCAUGCGUAAUGUUAGCUAUAUCGUUGGGUUUAUUCUUAACUGGACAGUGUUUAAAACUCAUUAGCAGUUUGAAGAUGGCCCAAAUCGUAUUACUUUGGUUUCCUUUCAUUACCUGGAUACAAGUGAUCAUUUUCUUCUUCUCAAUAUGUGCUAUAUAUAUAUGUAUAUAA